AACAGCGCAACAACCAAGCUUCCGCCGUCCGAUGUUCUUUUGUCCACCCGCUUCCCUGUUGUUGUUGGCGGUGAUGUUUUGUUGUGGUCUUUUGACAAUCUUAGGAAAACUUUAAGUGGAGGAAGGAAAGUUGCCCUCCUCAAGACACAUUAUAUUGACAUUAUCCUCUGCAUUGAGAUGCACUCUCAUUGCGUAGCAUAGGUCGCGUCGGCAUGGAGACGUGACAGUAAAGACCUAACCUACAUUGUUCUCAGAUAUAGCCAUGUGCACGUCAGGAGACCAGUCGGAACCUUCCCUGGGUCAACGAGUGGACUACCAAGGGUACCGGGGAACAAUCCGCUUUGUUGGAGAAAUACAGAAUCAGCCUGGUACUUGGGUUGGAGUUGAGUGGGAUGAUCCUAGCAGAGGGAAACAUGACGGAUCUCACAAUGGAGUGAGUUACUUCAAAACAAGCCACCCGACAUCUGGUUCUUUUGUUCGAUCAACCAAGUUAAACUUUGGUAUAUCUUGUGUUGACGCCAUUCAUCAACGAUAUGGCAAAGUAGAAGGAUCUACAGCAGGAGUUGAUAGUGAUGCCAUCUUCGAACUAAAAAAACAAUUCAACAUUCCAUUUGUUGAAAUGGUCGGAUUUGAAAAAGUCAACUCACAGCAAAGCCAGUUCAACAACCUGACAGUUGUUGACUUGGGAGGUGAUCUGGUCAAAAAUGCUGGAGAAGAGGGUGAACUUGGUCAGUUGUGUCCAUCUGUUAGGGAAUUAGUUCUGACCAACACCCUAAUAAAGGAUUGGAGAACUGUUGCUGAUAUCACAAAACAGCUCGCAGCACUCAACCAUCUCAAUGUUUCUGAAAAUAAAGUGGUUGUGCCCACUGAAGAAGAAGCUCUUCAAUUGCAGAGUGCAUUCAGAGCAUUGAAACGGAUAGUUCUUAAUGGUGUGGGCUGCACUUGGAAAGAAAUCCUUAUCUGUGCCACUAUGUGGCCAGAUGUAACCACAGUCUCAGCCCGGUUUAACAGAAUAAAUGAGCUUGAAAGCCCCCAUUUUGGUGUACUUUCGAAUUUAACUUCACUGUAUUUGCAAUCAAAUCCGAUUGUGGAUUGGACUCAUGUCAACAAAUUGGGAAACCUUUUAAGCCUUCAAGUUCUUCAUGUUGGAGAGACUGGACUGAAGAAGGUUUUCUUUCCUGGUGAAGGUACUACAAGUCUGUUCCCUGCCCUGAUUGAGCUGAAUCUCCAAAGCAAUGAAAUAGAUGAUUGGAAUUCAAUCAAUGAACUCAACAAAUUGAAGUCUCUGCAAAGUAUCUUAUUCCAGUCAAAUCCAUUAAUGGAAAAACCAAAAGCAUUUGAACUAAUUAUUGGCAGGAUUAAAUGUUUGAAGAAACUAAAUGGAACAGUGAUCCUUGAUCAGGACCGCAGAGGUGCUGAAUAUGAUUACAUGAAGUGCUAUGGACGUGAAUGGGUAGCUGCAGUGAACAAUCCUGUUCUACUUAGAGUGUUUCAUUCUAACCACCCUCGUUAUGCUGAGCUUGUUGAGAAACAUGGUUCCAUCACAGAGGAAGAUAUUACAGCAAAUCCAGCACCUUUGAAAGCUCGUUUGAUAAAAGUUAGAAUAUUUUGUCCAGGCAAUGCAAACAUGCCAGAGUUCCAAAAACGAGUUCCCAAGAAUAUGACUGUCCAAAAAUUAAAUGGAUUAGUGCAGAAGCUUAUGGACACUGGUGGUUGCAUGCCAUCACUUAAAGCCAUCAGUGCUAAGGCACCUGAUAUUGCAGUUUCCCUUGAGAAGGAUAUGCAGGAUUUAUCUUUUUACUCUGUGGAUGAUGGAGAUAGUAUUGCGGUCAGUUGGUGAGCAAUUAAUAUACCGUUUACUCGAAGUUUAAUUUAUUGGAGUGUGCUUCAUGCACCAAAAAUUAGAUGAUAAUCACCUCUGUUUGGGUCAUUGCUGUUCACCAUGUUCACAUUCAACCUUACAUUUCUUCCCGUUUAUGUUGGAGUACUAAUAGUUGGUUGAGGUAUUGUAAUCAGACUGACAUUGCACCUAACUGAGGGAAAAUUACAUCUGUGAUACCUAACUUAAAAAUUGAAAAUAAAGCUAAUAUUUAUUAAUUUAA